AUGAACCUUGACUCCGCACCUCCGUCCCGCGACCAACGCUUGGUCUUUGCGCCAGAUCGCUACCAGUACACUAAAGACUCUCUCAACCUUUCCCAGGUCGAUCCCGAAUCUCCGUUCAAGACCUUCCAUACCUGGUUCAGUCAUGCGAAAGAGUCAAGCGAGGUUACAUCUCCUGAUGCGGUUGUUCUCUCGACGGCGGAGCUGCCGUCCGGUCGUGUCUCGUCAAGAUACGUCUUGUUGAAACAGUUGGACUCCAAAGGCUUCGUCAUCUUCUCCAACUUUGAAACGAGCAAGAAAGGACGACAUUUGGCCACGAAUCCUCGAGCAAGCUUGACGUUCUGGUGGGAGCCACUACAGAGACAAGUUCGUGUCGAGGGUAUUGCUGUCCGCUUGACUGCCGAAGAGUCGCAGGAGUACUACGAUACAAGGCCUCGGGGCUCGAGAAUCGGUGCAUGGGCAUCUCCGCAAUCUUCAACAAUCGAGAACAGAGACGUUCUGGAUCAGCGGGUCAAAGACGCAGAAACCAAGUUUGGUGGACAAGAAAAGAUUCCAGUGCCGCCUUUCUGGGGAGGACUGAGGAUCGUCCCCGAAGAAGUCGAGUUUUGGCAGGGAAGGAACAAUAGAUUGCAUGAUCGCUUGGUAUAUCGGAGAACAGUCCCGCUUGAGAGCGUAGAUCAGGCAUCGACAGAAGGACCGGGCGAGUUCAUCAUCGAACGAUUGGCACCGUGA